GCAACUAGAGGUUAUUUCAUACAUCUCUACCCUCACUUUAAAUGAUGCAAAUGAUGAACUUGAAUGGUGGCCUGGAAACAAAAGACAAUUGAAAUUCCGAACUGGCGCACUCUACAAUCUGCUCCGUCCUCUCUCUCCUCUUGUCCCUUGGCACAAAGAGGUAUGGUUUUCAGGUGGUACACCCAAACAUAUGUUCUUAGUGUGGUUGAUGGUCAGGAACCGAUGCCCCACUCGCGACAGAAUCUUAAGUUGGGGGCUGCAAACUGACCCAUGCUGUCUCCUAUGUAAUGUGGCUGAUGAGUCAAUUGCUCAUUGUUUUUUUUGAUUGUGAUUUUGCUUGGGAUGUAUGGAGAAUUAUCGCAGCAAAAUGUAACUUUGUUUCAACGCGUCAAUGGACUGACUUGCUCCCCCAAAUCAAGAACCACACUUCAGCUAAGGUACAAAAGACUCUCCUACUUCUAUGCUGGCAGGCAACCCUUUAUGCGAUUUGGACAGAGAGGAAUGGUCGACUGCACAAUGCUCACUUCUCUUCCCCGGACGGACUGGUCGCGCAGAUCAAGCUCACCGUAAAAAACAGAAUCUCCAGCCUAAGAAUCGACAGGCCAAAAUUCUCCUCUUCUAUGCUUCAGCUGUGGUUCUCUACUUAAAACCCAUCCAACAAAUUACUGAUUCAAGUUUGUAUCUGUUUGAUAUGUUAGGCCACUUGGCCAACUGAGUUUUUAAAACUCUGUAAAACUUUUUCGGUCUCAUGCAAUUUAAAUAGAAAAAUCUUUUUCAAAAAAAAAAAUAUAUAUAUAUAUACUCAUUCGAUUCCAAUACUCAGUAUCAUGUAUCCUAUUGGCGACCUACAUACCUCACCAAUUACUCAUGACAUUAUUAUGCAAAUUAGGCGGUUAUAGUUCCAAAUUCACCACAAUUAUUUGCUUUUCACAAAGUAAGUAUAGACCUUGCUGUCGUAUCACAACCGGCGUUCAAAUCAUAUCUCAAAAUAUGGAACUUCAAACAAAAAGGUUACUUAGUUUGUCACCAAAUAAAUAAAAUCAGAUGAAAAAUACAAAACAAUGAGACUUAUAGAUUUGUUUCAAGAAUAAGUUUGAGUGAGCAUGGUUGAACUUUUGGAAACAUACAAAAAGAUCUGCCUCUUCAGAAAAAUCUAAUUCAGAUGUGGACAUUGUAAACUUCAUGGUAAUAUAAUAUAAUAUUUUGGUUUGGUAAUCCUAUGUACUACGUACUAUUCAAAUAAACUUCCAUCUGGGUGAUAGAAAAACCCAACAACUAUCCCACAAAAUUAGUUGCAUCUCACUUCACCAAUUUCUCAACCCUUGUGACACAAGAAAACUAAAACCCUACUAUACCCUCUGCUCUCAAACAUAUAUAUCUCUUUGAAGUCCUACCAUCUUUCUAUAACUCAUCACCUCCCAUAAACACUUUUACAUGUCCCCAAAAAUUUGGACCGAAAAGGGUUUCAAGAGAAGAACUAUGAAACUCCUUAUGAUGUUUAUCGUUCAUGCCAUCUUUAUCCCAUGCUUUUCCUUUGAUGUACCGGGAAAGGAUUUUCCCUUAACCCUAGAUUAUUACAAAUCUACUUGCCCAACCGUAUUUGACGUAGUGAAGAAAGAAAUGGAAUGCAUAGUGAAGGAAGAUCCAAGGAAUGCAGCCAUACUUAUCCGCUUACACUUCCACGACUGCUUUGUCCAAGGAUGCGAUGGAUCAGUGUUACUAGAUGAAACAGAGACAUUUCAGGGAGAGAAGAAAGCCUCUCCCAACAUAAACUCACUGAAAGGAUACAAAAUCGUAGACAGAAUCAAGAACAUAAUUGAAUCUGAAUGUCCUGGAGUCGUUUCUUGCGCUGAUCUACUUACAAUUUCUGCUAGAGAUGCUACAAUACUGGUUGGUGGGCCUUACUGGGACGUUCCUGUGGGAAGAAAAGAUUCAAAGGCAGCAAGCUACGAGCUUGCGACAUCGAACAUUCCAACUCCUGAAGAGGGUCUGAUCAGCAUCAUCUCUAAAUUCCAUAAUCAGGGUCUCUCUGUGGAAGACAUGGUCGCUCUUUCUGGAGCCCACACGAUCGGGAAGGCACAGUGUCGGAACUUCCGAUCCCGUAUCUAUGGAGAUUUUCAUGUGACGUCAGCACUAAAUCCGGUGUCGGAGACGUACCUAGCGAGCCUCAGAGAGAUAUGUCCUGCGAGCAGCGGAGAAGGUGGCAGCAACGUGACGGCGAUGGACAAUGUGACGCCGAAUCUCUUUGACAACUCGAUCUACCACACGCUGAUGAGAGGAGAAGGGUUGCUGAAUUCUGACCAAGAGAUGUACACGAGCAUGUUCGGGUUACAGACACGGCGGAUAGUGAGCAAGUACGCGGAGGAUCAGGUGGCUUUCUUUGAGCAAUUCUCCAAGUCGAUGGUGAAGAUGGGGAACAUUUUGAAUUCUGAGAGUUUCGUUGAUGGAGAAGUUCGAAGAAGUUGCAGAUUCGUUAAUACAUGAAGAUAUUCAUCAACAAAACUAUUUUCCUAUAAUUUAUUAUUUGAAAUUGAAAAAUCGAUUUUCUUUUUCUCCUUUUUUUAAAAAAAUUUCUUGUGAUUUGGAGCUUGAAUAGGAAUUUAUGGCGAUAAUGCCACAAAAUGAACCCGGUGGCUUUCUUUGAGGCUUGAGCAAUUCUCAGGCAUCCUUGCUCAUAGUUUGAUAACUGUUUUUUCAUAAUUUUUUUGUUAAUGUAUCAUCACCAUAUUCAUUUUCUAAAAAAAUAACAUAAUUUAGAAAUGUGGCAUGACAUAAUACGACGUUAAUUACGUAAUCUCCUCGUCAUGACUAAUCGCAUGACCAAUCACAAUCGUCUGUCGAUCAUGCAUCAGCAGCGUCCAUGAGAAAACCACACAAGUCUCUCUCAAAAAAAAAAAAAAAAUCAGUAUUUUAGUUUUAUAAUUAUAUUCGGUUAAAUCAAUAAACACUAGAUAUGUCUUAUAUGGGGUUUCUCACAAUUCAAAGAAAGUUUAUAUUCCAAAAUACCACCCCUCACCUCUUUUUUAUUUUCUUAUUUUCAAAAUAUGCACUAAGCUACUUAGAAGAGAUCGCUAUUUCUUGUCAAGUACAAUUUUUUUUGUGAAGCAAUUUAUACAAACCGUUUUUUUAAUAUUGUGAUGGUUCUUUGGUUCUUUGUUUAUGGGUUUUGACUAGUUUUGGAGUUGGGCAAGUCCUUAACGAGUGGUGCCUUCCUGCAUGGAUAAACCGUGUGGACCGAAACCUAAAUGAUCAAGUGGCCAGCCAGUUUCAUACUGAAAUAAAACCAGUACUAAUGUAACUAAUUAACCCCUUUGAUCCCAGAGUUGAGAAACUCCUGUGCGGUUAUUUUUCUUGUGUUUUGGUCCUUUAAGGUCUAACUCCUCAAUGCUGGUUGUUUACGAGAAAUGGAUAUAUGUAAAAUC